UGUUAGCCAAGCGCACUUCUUUACUUUUGUAUUCUCGCACUUUAUUUACAACCAAAACCCCAAAUUAAGCUUUUAAUAAAAUCAUGGUAAAGUCGUACUUGCGCUACGAAGCACGCAGCGUGUUCGGCAUCAUUUCCAGCCCCACGGGAAACGCAGUGUUCGACCAUAGCGGUAAGCUGUCGAUAACACCAGCUCUGGAGAACGUCAUAGUCUGGGACAUCAAAAAGGGCACUCAGGUUGCGCGGUGGAGCGACAGCGAAAACAAGGCCGAGGUUACAUGCAUCGCGCGGAACCCCAACGGCAAGGACUAUGCUGUGGGCUAUGCUGACGGAUCGAUCCGCCUAUUUGAUCUUACAAACAACGCCGUAAACGUUAUUCUGAAUGGACAUCGCGGCAGCAUUUCGGCGCUUGAGUUUGAUCCUACGGGUACUGUGUUGGCUUCGGGCGCGCGCGACACAGACCUCAUUUUGUGGGAUGUUGUCGGAGAAGUCGGUCUGUACAAGCUGCGCGGACACAAGGACGAGAUCACGGGCAUUGCUUUUUUGCCCUCGUCGAAGGAUGCAGACUCGGCGCUCAACGCCAGCUCGGAGGGAUACAUUGUCACUAGCAGCAAGGACACGCUGGUCAAGCUGUGGGAUCUCCGGGCGCGGCACUGUGUGCAGACACUGGUCACCCAUCGCAGCGAAGUGUGGUCGUUGGCAGUUAGCCCCGACCGGCGUCUUCUGGUCACCGGCACGUCGGACAUGGACAUGCGCGUAUGGAGUAUCGAUAUCGAAAAGCUGGAGGACACUUCCGUUGACAGGAGCAACUUGUCUGCCGAGGAUGCAGCCAAGAGCUGGGAGGCUAUCACCGAAUACGGCACAAUCCAGCGGGCAAGCAAGGACCGCGUCGUCGACCUCCAGUUCCAUCCGACCGGGUUGUACCUUGCAUGCCUGAGCUCUGACAAGCAGGUGGAGGUGUUCCGCACGCGCACCCACGCAGAGAUCAAGAAGAAGAUGGCGCGCCGGCAAAAGCGUACUCGUGAGAAGCGCAAUAAGGACAAGGACUCGGUGGAUGCUGAUGGCGACGAGAGCAACAGCGGCGGCAGCGGCGACGAGGCGGAUGAAAACACCUCAGGGAUUACGGCUGCCGACGAGCUCACCUCAUUCAAGGUGAUCCGCACCAGCGCUAAGCCCGUGUCGCUGGACUUCAACCCGACAGAGUCGGACAUUGCUGCACUGCACAGGCAGAGCAGCCUGCAGAUCCUCGUGUCUCAGAAUAACAACUCGCUACACACGUGGAACCUGCCGAUUCCGCCGCCAGGCAAGACCACCAAGCAGGCUAACCUUCCGGAGCCGUCGCUUAUGAGCUCGAUCGAGAUGCUCGGCCACCGCUCGGAACCACGCACUUUGGCUCUGAGCUCCGACAAUGAGCUGAUUGCGUCGGCCGCCAACAAAUCGCUGCGCAUAUGGAACGCGCAGACGGGCUCGUGCGUUCGCACGCUUGAGUGUGGAACCGCCCUCUGCGCCGUGUUCCUCCCGGGCGACCAGCUCAUUGUUAUCGGUACGAAGGAGGGCACCUUGGAGCUUUACGACAUUCCGUCGGCGUCCCUAGUCGAGACCUUUGACGCGCACGAGGGGGCGGCAUGCUGGUCGAUCGACGUGCGCCCCGACAAGAAGGGCCUCGUCACUGGCGGUGCCGACAAGUGCGUCAAGUUCUGGGACUUUGAGCUUGUCCGCGAGCCGCAGGGAGACUCCUCAGUUGUCAGCCGCCGCCGCAUGACGCUGGAGCACGUCAAGACGCUCAAGAUGUCGGACGAUGUCCUGGUGGUCAAGUGCUCGCCCGACUCGCGCCUCCUUGCUGUUUCGCUGCUUGACACCACUGUCAAAGUGUUCUACGCUGACACACUCAAGUUCUUCUUGUCGCUGUACGGACACAAACUGCCCGUCGUGUCCAUGGACAUCUCAUCGGACUCGACGCUGUUGGUUACCGGCUCGGCCGAUAAGAGCGUCAAGCUGUGGGGCCUGGAUUUUGGUGACUGCCAUCGGUCGAUCUUGGCUCACCAGGAGCCCGUCACGGCAGUCAAGUUUGUCUGGGGCACGCACUACUUCUUCUCGGCCGGCAAGGACAAGCUAGUGCAGCAAUGGGACGGCGACAACUUCCAGCGCAUCCAGAAGCUUGAGGGCAGCCACGGCGACGUGUGGGCGCUGUUGGUCGCCAAGCACGGCAACUUCAUCGUAGCUUCCAGCCAGGACCGGUCCAUUCGCGUCUGGGACAAGACCGAGGAGCCACUGUUCCUCGAGGAAGAGCGCGAGCGUGAGCUUGAGGAGAUCUACGACCGGGGCCUUGAGGAGAGCCUGGACCGCAAAGAAAGCACAAUCGGUCGCGGCGACGAUGAGGACGAGGAGAUGGAGGGCGAAGAGAGCCAGCGCGCAGGCAAGGCGACGAUGGAGACGCUCAAGGCCGGAGAGCGCAUUAUGGAGGCCCUGGAGCUGGCCGACGAGGAGCGCAAGAAGUGGCACGAGUUUGAGGAGCGGAAACGCAAAAUGCCCCAGCUCAACCCGGCGCCGCCAGACACCAACCCGGUCUUGAUGUUCGAGAAGCUGAGCCCCGAGGCGUACGUUCUGCGUACGGUCGAGCGGAUCCGCGCUGCUGAGCUCGAGGACGCGCUGCUUGCGCUGCCCUUCAGCCGCGUACUCUCGCUGAUGGCCUACAUUGACAUCUGGGCACGGCGCGAGUGGAACACGCCCAUCACAUGCCGUGUGCUCUUCUUUGUCCUCAAGACCCACCAGAACCAGAUUGUGGCCACGCGCACCAUGCGCGCCCAGCUGGACUCCAUCCGUCAGCACUUACGUGCCGGUGUCAACCAGCAGAGAGACCAGAUCGGCUACAACUUGGCCGCCCUGUCAUCGCUGCGCACGGAGUGGGAGGAGAACGCCACGGCCCAGUUCUUUGAUGAGAAGGACAUCCAGAGCAUCCUUGAUGGCCAGCUCAAGAAGCGCAAAUUUACAGGGAUCAAGGCCUGAGUUGCCCGAAAAUUUUAACUGGAUUUCUACUUUAUUUGUAUAUCAAAGACCAACAC